AUGACAGAAAACCCAAAUAAAAAAAUAAAACUAGAUGAUGAUAGCAAAGAAAUUAUAACAACAGUAGAAACAACAGUAGCAACAACAACUACAAUUUUAAAAAAAAUAAAUUAUUUAGGAAGAACCCCACCUUCAAAUCCUAUUUUUAAAGUUAUUUUCAAAUCCGAUGACUAUUGUUUGGUAAAUAAACCAUAUGAUGUCAAUAUAGACGAUGAUGGGAAAGAUAGAAAUGAAACAGUAGUUAAAUAUUUAGAAAAUGAAUACCCAGAAGUAAAAGGAUCAAUUAGAUUUGUAAAUAGAAUUGACUAUGCAACAAGUGGAAUUGUAGUUACUGCAUUAAAUAAAAAAUCAGCAAAUAAAGGAAUGGAAUUAUUCCAAAAUAGAGAUACAACCAAAACUUAUUUAGCUAUAGUGCAUGGUCAUAUAGAAUCAGAUGAAGGAUUAAUUGAUAAACCAAUUGCCAAUGACAAAUCAGAUUUAAAUUCAUUUAAGAUGUGUAUCGGGGAUAAGAUAGAUAAUCCAGGAAGAUCAUCACAAACAAAUUAUAAAGUUUUAGAAAGAGGUCAUAUUAAAAGAUUUAAAAAAUUUAGUGAUAAUUUAAAAUUACUAUCAUAUAAUAAUAGUAAUAAUAAUGGUGAUAAUAAUAGUGAAAAUAAUAGUGAUAAUAAUAAAAAUAAUGACAAAAAUGAUAAUAUUCAAAAUGAAGAAAUCAUUGAAAUGCCAGUUACCAAAGUUUUAUUAACACCGAAAUCAGGAAGAAGACACCAAUUAAGAGUUCAUUUACAAUCCAUUGGUCAUAUCAUUGUUGGUGACGAAACCUAUGGUCCAAAAGAUCCUCAAUCAGAAAGAAUGAUGUUACACUCAUGGAAACUAAUAUUACCAUUUAAAAACGAACCUCAAAUUAAUGUCGAAACUGAUGAUCCAUUCAAAGAAAUUUUAAUUAAAUAA